UUCUCUCUCUCUGGUCAUGACGGAAGAUUCUUCCUCCGGAGGAAACGCUGAAUCCUCCUCUUCCUCCUCCUCUUCCUCCUCUUCCUCCUGUCAGGGAUCGGCUGUGAGCUAACCGCUGUCCUCCGCAGCGGUAGAUGUCCUCGGUCAUGGCCCAGCGGGACGCCGGCAGCCCCAGCCCGGUGGUGCGGCAGAUAGACAAGCAGUUCCUGGUGUGCAGCAUCUGCCUGGAUCACUACUGCAACCCCAAGGUGCUGCCCUGCCUGCACACCUUCUGCCAAAGCUGCCUCCAGAACUACAUCCCCCCGGAGUCCCUGACUCUCUCCUGCCCCGUCUGCCGGCAGACGUCCAUCCUGCCGGAGAGGGGAGUAGCGGCGCUGCAGAACAACUUCUUCAUCACCAACCUCAUGGAGGUCCUGCAGCGGGAGCCCGAUCGCUCACGGCCCGAGACCUGCAGCGUCCUGGAGUCGGUUAGCGCCGCCGCCGCAGGGAAACCGCUCUGCUGCCCCAACCACGACGGCAAGGUGAUGGAGUUCUACUGCGAGUCGUGCGAGACGGCCAUGUGUCUAGACUGCACGGAGGCUGAGCAUCGUGAACACGACACCGUCCCGCUGAGAGACGUGGUGGAGAAACACAAGGGGGCGCUGAAGACGCAGCUGGACGACAUCACCGGCAGACUCCCCCAGCUGACGGCAGCCAUCGAUCUGGUGUCUGAAAUCUCCCGCCAGCUGAACGACAGGAAGAACGAGGCGAUAAACGAGAUCAGCGUUAGUUUCCAGGAGCUGGAGCGGCUGCUGCAGCAACGCAAGACGGAGCUGAUAACGGACCUGGAGAACAUCUGCAGCAACAAGCAGAAGGUCCUGCAGGCCCAGCUGGACGUCCUGCUUCAGGGGAAGGAGCAGAUCCAGAGCAGCUGCAGCUUCACGGAGCAGGCGCUGAGCCACGGCAGCGCCACCGAGGUUCUGCUGGUCCAGAAACAGAUGAGUGAGCGGGUGACGGCUCUGGCCCGACACGACUUCCCGGAGAAACCGCACCAGAACGCUCACCUGGAGUGUCAGGUAGAGACCGACGGCCUCCGUCGCUCCAUCCAGAACCUGGGCGUCCUCCUCACCACGGCGGCGGUCGCUCACACCUCCGUGGCGACGGGGGAAGGACUCCGUCACGCCGCCACCGGGCAGAACCAAACCAUCACCGUCACCACCAAGGACAAGGACGGGGACUUGGUGCGGACGGGAAACGCCGCCCUGACGGCCGAGAUCGUGUCGGCAGACGGUGGCCGGGCGGCGGAGGCGGAGGUGACGGACAACAAGAACGGCACGUACGAGGUUAGCUUCACGCUGCGCUGCGAGGGCGAGUUCUCCCUGGACCUGGCGCUGUACGGCCAGCCGCUCCGCGGCAGCCCCUUCCGCCUGCGCGCCGUCAAGCCCUGCGACGUCCCACCAUCGCCCGACGACGUGAAGCGGCGGGUCAAGUCCCCCGGCGGGACGGGCGGCCACGUCCGCCAGAAGGCGCUGCGCCGGCCCGCUAGCAUGUACAGCACCGUCAAGAAGAAGGAGAACCCCAUCGAGGACGAGCUCAUCUACCGGGUCGGUUCCCGCGGCAGAGAGAAGGGCGAGUUCACCAACCUGCAGGGAAUCUGCACCUCCAGCAACGGGAGGGUGGUGGUGGCCGACAGCAACAACCAGUGUAUCCAGGUGUUCUCCAACGAGGGCCAGUUCAGGAUGCGGUUCGGGGUCCGGGGCCGGUCCCCCGGGCAGCUGCAGAGACCGACCGGCGUCACGGUGGACGUGAACGGAGACAUCGUGGUGGCCGACUACGACAACCGCUGGGUCAGCAUCUUCUCCCCCGACGGCAAGUUCAAGAACAAGAUCGGGGCGGGCCGCCUCAUGGGGCCCAAGGGCGUGGCCGUGGACAGAAACGGACACAUCAUCGCCGUGGACAACAAGGCCUGCUGCGUCUUCAUCUUCCAGUCCAACGGGAAGCUGGUGACCAAGUUCGGAGGACGAGGGACGACGGAGAGACAGUUCGCAGGUCCGCACUUCGUCGCAGUCAACAAUAAGAACGAGAUUAUUGUCACGGAUUUCCACAAUCACUCCGUGAAGGUUUACAGCGCCGACGGUGAGUUCCUGUUCAAGUUCGGCUCCCACGGCGAAGGCAACGGCCAGUUCAACGCCCCGACGGGCGUCGCGGUCGACGCCAACGGCAACAUCAUCGUGGCCGACUGGGGCAACAGCCGGAUACAGGUGUUCGACAGCGCCGGCUCCUUCCUGUCCUACAUCAACACGUCGGCCGACCCGCUCUACGGCCCGCAGGGCGUCGCCCUCACGUCCGACGGACACGUGGCCGUGGCCGACUCUGGAAACCACUGCUUCAAAGUUUACCGAUACCUGCAGUAGAACAACGACGACUCUGGAAACCACUGCUUCAAAGUUUACCGAUACCUGCAGUAGAACAACGACGCUAGAAACCACUGCUUCAAAGUUAACGAUACCUGCAGUAGAACAACGACUCUGGAAACCACUGCUUCAAAGUUAACGAUACCUGCAGUAG